AUGAUCCUGUGGAUUCUUUCCUCCGCCGACGACGCCUUCGACAACGGCCAGAUUCGUCCGCUGUUUCCUAUUUUCAACCAGGUUCUUCUCUUCUCUGAUGAUUACGAUGGCGGCGUCCACCCUCCGCUAACUCUAUUCGUCGAACAUCCGGAAGAGUCGCUAUUGCCGUCGCCUUCGGCGACGAACAAACUUAUGGCUGCUCCGCCGCCGAAGGGAUCGUACUGCGAAUGGAAUCCAAAGUCUGCAGUGAAGAGCAACUCCACGGGAUUCUCGAAGCUGUGGAGAUUCCGCGACGUGAAACUGCGAAGCAACAGCGACGGGAAGGACACGUUCGUGUUCUUGAACCACGCGCCGGCGGCGAAGCCAGCGGAGAAGGCGAGAAACGUGGUGGUGAAGAAGGUUGAGGUGAAGAAGGGGAAAACGACAGCGUCGUCUACGCACGAGAAACAUUAUGUGAUGAACAGAGCAAGGAAAGAGAACGAUAAACGCAAGUCCUACUUACCGUACCGGCAAGAUCUGUUCGGGUUCUUCGCCAAUUCCCACGAAUUGAGCAGGAAUGUUCAUCCUUACUAAGAAUAAUUUUUUUCUCUUCUCAUUGAUUCAAAAAUUUUAUUGAUUUGUAUGUAAAUAAUUGUUUGAAGUUCUCCA